UUAUAAGCACAUCCUGUUGUGUAUGCAUCUUCUUCCACUACUAAAAAUUUUUAGAAAUAACAGAGUGAAGAAAAUGGGAGAAAGCACUACUGCCAACCCACACCGAAUUGCGAUUUGCAUCAAGUCUCAGGAUGGAGCCAAAAUGUAUUUCAGAGUUGCACGAGAUAAGAAAAUUCAAGAAUUGCUCAAAAGUUAUUGCAAGGCAAAGAAUUAUGAGUACCGUGAGGUAUCUUUCAUUCACAAUGGAGAUCGUAUCCAACCUAAACAAACUCUCUUUCAGCUUGGCAUUGAAGAUGGAGAUGAGAUAGCUGCAAUGUAUCAUCAGAGUGGAGGUGGCAAUCCAGCAGCCUUUGCGUGAAUUCAACCACCUAUCCUUAUUAUGUUGUUUAUCAUUUGAAACUUUAGUUUGAUCUCCAUGAAGGUGUGCAAAUGUGAUGCUUAAUCAUGUUCUAAAAACGCUCGAGCGACUAGUAUGUUGUUGUCUUUUAUUUCCAUUCGGAUAUUUUAUUGGAAUGAUUUAUUCAUGGAA